GCGGAAGGAUCGCAAAAGGAGCAUGCGUGCGAACAGGUAGAAUUCAAACGGAGGAAGAGGAAGAAAAUGAGUGGGAGGGGGCGGAACGGUUGGCAGCACCGGCGCUUCACGAAACAUAGCCCCCGCACCUCUGUCCUCGGUUCCGCAUCGCUCGUGCCAGUUUUCUUUCGGUAGGGCUCCAGACAAGAAGCAUCGAAAGGGGGGGAAUCAGGCAGGAGGUCGAAACGGAAGAAUUUGUAGCCCGAUUACCGGAGACAGAUCGCGUUAGUUUAUACGACGUGAUAGAAACAGGUUGCCGGGGUAACGUUCUGUCGCGUGGAAAUCUAAUGUCCGAGAGAACCGAGGAAAGACGAACGGCGGCGUAUGCUGUGAAGUCGCGCAACGGAAAGUAGGUUCGAUUCGGCGGGCGUAAGAAGAAGAAAGAAGGUGGUAGGAGCGAGUGGGAGCGCAUAGACAGAGGAAAGAAGAAGACGAAGAGAAGGGAAGAAGAAAAGAAAAGGUGUGCGACGAGGACGCGUCCCCGUGUGUCGCGUGAGAGGUGAGGCGACAGCGGCGUGGUGAAAGUCCCCGCGGUUGAACUGGGAGAGAAAAAUUCGGCGGUAACCGGUAGCACCGAGGCUACCAAGGUGUUCCGGAGUGCAGCAGCAGCGGCCCAGGAUGCUGCCCUACGGAGCAAGAAGAUGGCCGUGAUCGGCGAGCAGAGGUAUUACACGGCGGUACGUCCGAACGCGUACACGGAGUUCUCGUGUCGUAGGUUCGAGGCCGCGACAGCCAGGUCGCCGUCCUCCUCGUCCUCGACGUUGCCUUUCCAUCGGCGUCGACACAGGAAAAAGGCAACGCAUUCACCUGGACGACUAGCGAUGUCCUCGUCACGGGGUAGCGGCCCGGAAUCGGGAGAGCUCAGCGACUCCGAGGACGGUUAUCUGGACACGGAUCCCCUGAGGUACGAACUGAGAAAUAUACAAAAUGUGAUACAUGUUACACGUCAGAAUAUCGAUGCUCUGAACAAUCGUUUCGCUGGAUUUCAACAUCCACCCUCGAUAUAUUUGAAUGAGUAUCAGGAGCUGACUAGUAAGUUGCAUGACCUGGAAUCCAAGGAACAGAAACUCAAUGAAUUGUUGAACGUCAUGCUGGUGGCUGGCUGUGCUUCCACAUCCGAGAGUGAAUCUCGUGAAGCCAAUGCGAAUAUUAGAUGCCAGAGAAUGCCCACAAGGUCUCUGCUCAGGGCGUAUUUACCUAAUCAACAGCGUACCAGUGUGCAGGUUCGUGAAGGACUAUCGUUGAGAGAUGCAUUGGCCAAGGCAAUGAAAUUAAGAAAUUUGACCACCGAGAUGUGUGUGGUAUACAUCUUAGGCAUAGACAAAUCCAAGUACCUCACGUCUUGGGACACAGAUAUUUCUGUAUUAGAUUGCGAUGAAAUAUCUGUGGAGAUUAUGGACACGUUUCCUAUAACUACUUCCAUUUCACAUAAUUUUGUGCGUAAGACAUUCUUUUCACUGGCAUUUUGUGAGUGCUGUAGAAAACUCCUCUUUCAGGGAUUUUAUUGUAGAACAUGCAAUUAUCGGUUUCAUCAAAGAUGUGCAGGUGGUGUACCUGCUCUGUGUCAUCAAGUACGCAUGCAAGAUGCCUAUUAUCAGGCAUUAUUGGCGCAUAAUCUUGAAAGUACUGCUGGAAUCCUGCAUCUUCCUUCUGGCUACGGUUUAAGCAGAAGCAUGUCUCCUUCUUUGGCUCCCUCGAGAAACCAGAGACAUCCACGUUCCUUGGGACAACAGGAUCGUUCCAGCUCUGCACCCAAUGUCUGUUUCAACAUGGUCAAACCAAGUGGAGAUUCUGCUAAUUUGGACGAAUACAGUAGAUCUCAGAGUUUAGGCCGGCCUGUUGGAAUUACACAAAGUGCAGUAUCUCCUGGUAGUAGCCCGACAAAGCAUAGUCAGUCAACGCAGGCUAGUCCUACCAGUACCUUGAGGCCAAAACGGCCUAGAGCAAGAUCAGCAGAUGAAUCGUCGAAAAAUCUUUUAGCGCCAAGAGAAUCCAUAGAAGAUUGGGAAAUUCCAGCUGAUGAGAUUUUAAUUGGAGCUCGUAUUGGUUCUGGUUCCUUUGGAACAGUAUACAAAGCUCACUGGCACGGACCUGUAGCUGUAAAGAUGCUUAACGUUAAGAUACCAACUGCUGCUCAGUUACAAGCAUUUAAGAACGAGGUUGCAGUUCUGAGAAAAACACGGCACGUAAAUAUUCUUUUGUUUAUGGGAUGCGUCAGUAAACCGCAGCUCGCGAUUGUUACUCAAUGGUGCGAAGGUUCUUCUUUAUAUAAACAUUUACAUGUAUUUGAAACGAAGUUUGAUUUAUUCACACUGAUAGAGAUUGGGAGACAGACCGCGCAAGGUAUGGAUUAUUUACACGCGAAAAAUAUCAUUCAUCGGGAUUUAAAAAGUAACAAUAUAUUCCUGCACGACGACCUUACUGUGAAGAUCGGUGAUUUCGGCCUGGCCACGGCGAAGACCAGAUGGUCUGGUUCACAGCAAUUCCAUCAACCGACUGGAUCUAUAUUGUGGAUGGCACCGGAAGUAAUAAGAAUGCAAGAGGAGAAUCCGUACAGUUUUCAGUCGGACGUGUACGCGUUUGGCGUUGUUUUAUUCGAAUUGCUAGCUAGUCAGUUACCAUAUUCGCACAUCAACAACAAAGAUCAAAUACUGUUUAUGGUCGGCCGUGGGAAUUUACGUCCGGAUCUGAAUAAAUUGCGUUCAGACACGCCAAAGGCAUUGAAGAGACUGACAGAGGAUUGCAUCAAAUUCUCCAGGGAAGAGAGACCGAUAUUCCGUCAGAUAUUAGCCAGUUUAGAAGGUCUUUCCCGUGGAUUACCGAAAAUCACGAGAUCAGCGUCCGAGCCGAACUUGAACAGGACCCAAUUACAAUCGGACGAUUUCGUGUACACCUGUGCUUCGCCAAAAACUCCCGUGAACUUCCAGUUCGGAGCGUUCUCCUUUUAUUCUUCUGGCGGGAACAUAUAAAAAGUACGACGAGUCUGAUGCGCCGUAUGGUUUAUGGUAAACGAGAGAUUUUAAAGAAUUUCAAGACGGAAAUAUCGGUAAUAAACUUAUCUAUGAACAAUCUAUGUAAUACUUUUCAACUACACUUUUCG